CGGCCCCGCCCCUCCAAUGGGAGCCCCGGGCCCCGCCCCCAGGCCCCGCCCCCGGGGAGUAUUUAGCUGCCGAGCGACCGGGGAACGCUCAGAGCCGGGGAAGCUGGAGAUGCCUGUGCCGGUGGGGCACCGCCCCACUUCACAACCUAGAACUGGGGAGCGGUCAGCAGUGCCGGCUGGGGUUGGAGCCCACAUUCCUCCUCCUGGUCACCCAGUGUGCCACGAUUGUGGAGCCAGAGCAUAAGUAGGUGAGUCCCGGGGCCACACCCUGCGCACAGAGCGCCCCUGACCUGCCCCUACUGGUGGCAGCCAUGGCCUGGCUGGUGCUGCUCAGCGCCCUGCUCUGCAUGCCGCGCCCUGGACUAGGCACCCUAGACUCCGAGGACUUCCUGCCCCCCGCACCCCACAACUGCCCCUAUAAAUGCAUCUGCUCUGCUGACCUCCUGAGCUGCGCAGGCCUUGGGUUGCAGGAUGUGCCGGCUGCAUUACCACCCACUACUACAGACCUCGACCUGAGCCACAACGCACUCCAGCGCCUGCGCCCCAGUUGGUUGGCCCCCCUCUACCGUUUGCGCGCCCUGAACCUAGGCCACAAUGAGCUGGAUAUGCUGGGUCGCGGAGCCUUCGCCAAUGCCAGCAACCUCAGGCUGCUAGAUCUAUCAUCCAACGCACUGCGGGUGCUCGGUCGCCACGACCUGGAAGGGUUGGGGGCACUGGAGGUGCUACUGCUGUUCAAUAACCGCCUGGCGCAACUGGACGAGCAUGCCUUCCACGGCCUGGGUGUGCUCAGCCGGCUCUACCUGGGCUGCAACAAACUAGUGUCCUUCUCUUUCAACCACCUGCACGGCCUGGGCACAACCCACCUACGUACCCUGGAUCUCUCCUCCAACCAUCUGAGACACCUCCCUGUACCUGAGCUGGCCGCGUUGCCUGCCUUUGUCAAGAACGGGCUUUACUUGCACAACAACCCACUGCCCUGCGACUGCCACCUCUACCACCUGCUGCAGCGCUGGCAGCAGCGUGGACUAAACGCUGUGAGCAGCUUUGCCCGAGAAUACAUGUGCCUGGCCUUCAAGGUACAAGCAUCCCGCGUGCGCUUCUUUGAGCACAGCCGAAUCUUCGAGAACUGCUCAGCUGCCUCGGCUCAUGUCCUAGAGCAGCCUGAGGAGCAGCUGCAUGUGCAGGUGGGUCAGUCUCUGAGGCUGCACUGCAAUGCCAGUGCCCCUGCUGUGCGCGUUGCCUGGGUAUCUCCACAGCAAGAGCUGCUGGUGGCACCAGGAUCCCGCAACGGUAGCAUUGCCGUGCUAGCUGACGGCAGCUUGGCCAUCAGCAAUGUGCAGCCAUGGCACGAGGGGGUCUUUGUGUGUCUAGCCACCGGGCCCCGCCUGCACCACAAUCAGACACACGAGUACAACGUGAGUGUGCACUUCUCGCACCCUGAGCCCGAGGCUUUCAACACAGGCUUCACUACACUGCUGGGAUGUGCCGUGGGCCUGGUGCUGGUGCUGUUCUACCUGUUUGCACCACCCUGCCCGGGCUGCCGCCGCUGCUACCACCGUACCAGCCUCUGCUGCUGCUGGCCCCGAGCGCCCAGCCCACUCCAGGAGCUGAGCGCACAGUCCUCAGUGCUCAGCACACCACCUGACACGCUCAGCCGCAAGGCCAGUGUUCACAAGCAUGUGGUCUUUCUGGAGCCAGGCCGGAGGGGCCUCAAUGGUCGCGUGCAGUUGGCAGUAGCUGAGGACUUUGAUCUCUACAAUCCCAUGGGCCUACGGUUCAAGGCUGGCUCUGAGUCUGCUAGUUCCACAGCUUCUGAGGGUCUGGUGAUGACCUAGGCUGCCCAGGGCCCCGACUUGCCUGCCUGCUGCUUGCCCUGCUCCUUGCUGCCACCCAGAGAGAGCUGCCAGAUGCUGGUGGGAAGCACUGGGCUUGGUCCGUCAGCCUCCUGUGUGGGCCUUGAUCUAAACUACAGAGGGGUUGGGAUGUCUAACCUCUCCCCCAAGUCAGCACAGGACCCAACGGCACUAGGCCCUAGCAGUACCUGUUCAUGCCCAUUUUCUGUACAACUUCCUGGUACCCAAGUGUGGUCCUAGAACCCAGAGCCUCUUGAGUACCCCAACCUGGGUAUUUGCCUUUAAGAAUCCUGGCCAAAUCCCUCUUCCUUGACCCAUCCUCGACCUAUGUCCCAAGAGGACAGAAACCCAGGCCCUUCUGGAAGGACCCUUGCAUUAGAGCCCCGGCUCCACCCUCCAGUUGAGGCAGCCGGCAUGGAGCGCUGGUGAAGAACUAAACAUAACCUCCUGCCCCUUCCCUAGGGGACUGGGAGUGGGUAAGAAAAGGGCUCCAGAAGAAGACCUAGUCCCCACCCCCAUUGUGGAAAGAGGAAACAAGCCUUCCCUCUGUUGAAGACCCAUCCACCAACAUCCAACCUAAGUCAAGCUUCAGAACUCCACGCAGCGUCUGAUGGGCAGGUAUGAGGCAGGGGGAAGGCAGGCAUGGCUCCUCAGGAGACCUCUAGCAGGGGUGGGGCAGGGGGGAAGGCCUAGCCUGACUCCAGUCGGUCUGGUCAUAUUCUCUUGGCCAGGGACAUCUACAGGUUAUUCUGAGGGUACAUGGGCUCAUGAGACAAACAGUAAGGGACACCAUGACCUGCACGCCCAACUUUACAGCAGUAAAAAGGCUGCUGAGCCUGGCCAAGAUGGAGGGGCUGAGCCGGCACUCCCUGUCCCUCCGGGAUGGAGCCUCUUAAGGACUAGCACUGGUGUCGGUCUAAUGGCUGAGGCAAUGCCCCGGCUUCAGACAUAUCUCAUCACUUCCACUGUCAGGAGGCAGGGAGGAGGGAGGAUCUGAGAGCCUCUCCUGUGUGGGGCUGAGACGGAGGCCCCCUCUAGUGUCCUGGACCCAGCUGUCACGGAGUUUCUUAAUAAAAGUCACACAGGUGCACGGCAGAGCCUUCGCCAACGCAGGCGGCAGCAGUGUGUGUGUGCGGCUUUUGAUGGCAGCAGUGCUGCCCUGGACGUUGCAGGAUGGCAAUCCCCUACCCGGGUACAGCCACAGCCAGUGGACCUGAUCCCAAGCCAGGCAGGCAGGCACCCUACUAUGCUGAGGUCCUGAUUCGCCUACUCCAGAGUUGCUGCCGCCGCUGCCACCUAUUUCAGCAGUUCCCACUUGACUGCCUCCCUGCGUCAGAACCCCGAUGCCGAGGUCCACUCAAACACCGAGCUGCAGGGAGCCCCUGCUGAGGUCCCUUCCAUCACUCGUGCCCACAACCCCUCAUGCUCACCCUGAGGCUGGGCCGUGCACAAGGAGUCGCACCAGGAUGCCCGUCACUGCCACGAGAAUAGGGUAGUGGUCCACACUCUCCAGGCCUAAGGGGAAGGAAAGGACGGCGAUGAGCUACCCCCACACUCCCACUGCAGGGGCUCCAGGCCUGACGGGCUAACACCGUCACCCCACUGCACUCCCCAUAGAAGGCUGGGGUGCCAAGCCUGCAGAAUGGAAGCUCGGACAUUGCCACGGGAAAGGAAUCAAGGCCUGGGGUGUGUCGGGUGCAGGGCAUCUAGGUCCUCACCAGGCAGCCGCAGGGUGACCACGCGGUCAAACAGGUUCCUCUCAGCCGUCACUCGGUUCAGCACCUGGUUCAGCAGCUGUGAGGGCAGGAGUCUUGGUAGAUGGGUGGACUCACCACUGGGGUGUCCCCAGGGUGCCACCUUCCUUGCCCCAAUGGACACACCUGUGCAAGACGUCGCAGUAGCAUCUCAGAAGUAGGCUGGGUCCAGUCGAGGAAUAUCUCAGGCACCAGUGUGAUGGUCAUCUCCAAGACACGCAGCAGGCUGACCGACAGGUCAAAGCAAGUGGCACAUACCUUGAGCUGCCGACUGUCCACAAAGUUCCGCUCCAGGCGUUCAGCUGCCUGCUGGAUCUGAGCCACCAACAGGAGGGUGAGCAGUGGUCAGUGGCCUAGUCACACCAAGGAUCACGCCUCGUCAUCUGCAACCCCCUGGCUUACAGGGCUCCCCCAUGACCCACCUCCUGGAUCAUGCCGAUGAACUCAGAGAAGGCCCAGUUGAGUUGGUUGAGGACGCUGUUGAGGAA